AGAAUGACUCUGAGAAACGGCUCCUCGGCGACUGAGUUUAUCUUUGUGGCCUUCUCGGGACAACCAGAGCUCCGUUUCCCCCUCUUCUUCCUCUUCUUGGGGGUCUAUGUGUUUACCGUGGUGGGCAACUUGGGCUUGAUCACCCUAAUCGGGCUGAAUUCUAACCUUCACACUCCAAUGUACUUUUUCCUCUUCAACUUGUCUUUUAUAGAUCUCUGUUAUUCUUGUGUCUUCACUCCCAAAAUGCUGAAUGCUUUUGUGUCGGGAAAUAUCAUCUCUUACAUGGGCUGCAUGGCUCAGCUGUUUUUCUUCUGCUUCUUUGUCAACUCCGAGUGCUACGUGCUGGUGUCAAUGGCCUACGAUCGCUACGUGGCCAUCUGCAACCCCCUGCUGUACACGGUCACCAUGUCGCCCCAGGUCUGCGCCCUGCUGAUGUCUGGGUCCUACGGGGUAGGGUUUGCCGGGGCCAUGGCCCAUACCGGAGGCAUGCUGAGGCUCACCUUCUGCGACUCCAACGCCAUCGACCACUAUCUGUGCGAAGUUCUGCCCCUCUUGCAGCUCUCCUGCACCAGCACCCGUGCCAACGAGCUGCUGUUCUUUGUGGUCGUCGGCGUGGUCAUCGUGACAUCCAGCAUCAGCAUCUUCGUCUCUUACGCUUUCAUUCUCUCCAGCAUCCUCCGCAUCCCCUCUGCCGAGGGGAGGGCCAAAGCCUUCAGCACGUGUGGCUCCCACCUGACUGCUGUGGCUCUGUUUUUUGGGUCAGGGGCCUUUACCUAUUUAACAACCUCCUUUCCCGGAUCCGGGGACCAGAGUAAAUAUGCUUCGGUCUUCUACACCAAUGUUGUUCCCAUGCUCAACCCUUUGAUCUACAGUUUGAGGAACAAAGAUGUCAAACUUGCCCUGGGUAAAACCAUGAAGCGACUGCUCUUCUGA